GGCGAAACGACAGCGUGGUUACAGAAAGGCCACGAGCAUGAGCCUCAAGGACGCCGCCGAGCGCGUCAGUGCGAUCGAGCAAGCAUUCCACGACGACGCGAAUGCGUUAAGCGCGUCGGACGCUGCGAUGCGCUUGACGGUGCUUGCGGCAGUGGGGCGCCACGGCGACGCCUUCACCGAAGCGGCCCAAGGUGGCCGCGCCGCCGAAGUCGAGCGGUACCUCGACCAAGGCCUCGACGUCAACAUCAAGCACUCGGAGCUCGGAUGGACCGCGCUGCACAUGGCCGCCGCCAACGGCCACGAAGACAUUGUGCGUCUGUUGCUCCGGCAUGGCGCCGACCACUCCAAGAUGUCGUCGAAGAAGGAAAAGACACCACUCGAGCUCGCGGUUCAGCGCGGCCAUAGCUCGAUCGCCAACCUCCUUCGCAAGGGCUCGUUGGCUGGCAGUAGUACGGCGUCGCACGAAGAGUUUGUCGAGGCAGCCCGGCGUGGCCAAACGGACGUGCUUCGGCGACUGCUUGGGGACGGUGUCCACGUCCAUGUGACCAAUCGCUACGGCGUCUCGGCGCUCAUGUUCGCUGCCGACCAAGGGCACGUCGAGGCGACGCGUCUCCUGCUGCACCACGGCGCCGACCCCAAAAGCCUCACGAAGUUUGGGCAGCCGCUGUUUCUAUCCGUGGUUGAUCAUGGUCAUACCAAGAUCGCCCAGCUCUUCCUCGACUACGGCGCGCCCGUCCAGAUGGCGACGGACGAUCUUGUGACGGGAUUGCACAUUGCGGCCGAGCGCGGGCACGCCGACCUGUGCCAGCUCCUUUUGCGCUACAACGCCGACAAGAGCGCGCGCACGGCGAGCGGCGACACGCCGUACCGCGUCGCGUACCGCAGCGAGAUGCUGACGAGUCAAACCAGUGGCGGCGAGACCUUGCAAGUUUUACUGUCCUAAGUCGCAGUGUCUCGUACCGAACCUCUGGCCUCGACACAGAUAUAAGGGCACCUUGCCGUCGUAAAGGGCCACGACGACACUUGUUCGAUACAAGACGUUUCUUCGAGCGAGUUGGCGGUCCCUGCUUGACAUUAUUGGUGGCAUUACAUCAAGGCCGCACACCAACGACGCGGUGUUCUGCUGGAAUUCCCGUCCGC